AUGACCACCCCAACUUUUUUCCCCUGCGUCUCGUCACACGCCAGUAGCCUGCUGGAUCUCUUUCUGACCACUCAUCCUGUCCCUUACAGCACUGCUGUUCUGUCCCCCCUGGGUAACUCAGACCACGGUGUUGUGGAGGUUAGAUUUCGGUCACAACCCGCUGUGGCAGCAGAAACUCGUACAGGCCGCAAAACUUGGCAUUACGGACAUGCCGACUGGGAGGGGCUCAGAGACUUCUUCUCUAACUUUACUUGGAGAGAUGAAUACAUCCCUCACACAGUGAACCAGAAGAUCAAGGCACACAGAACCUUCUUACAAAACCCCACUGUAGAGAACAGACAAGCUCCACCAUGGACGUCCCCCCCCAACGCCCAAGUGCCGUCAAUUCAAAGGGUUCCCUGCACUAUGCGGGAGGUAACAUUCAGGCAUGAGACCGUAAGACGAGUGCUCUUGUCGCUCGACAUCAACAAAGCUUCUGGUCCGGACUUGAUUCCUGCCAUUGUACUGAAGAGGUGUACAGCGCAGCUUGCUCCAGUUCUUUCGCGUCUCUUCCAGAUAUCGUAUGAAUCCGGCACCUUCCCAGAAAACUGGAAAUUUGCUCAUACCGACCCUUAUAACUACAGGCCUAUAGCUCUGCUUUCUGUUAUAAGUAAGGUGAUGGAGAGGUGCAUAAAUCGCGAGCUUCUGGACUAUCUCGAAUGUCACAGCUUGAUUACCGACAGGCAGUAUGGUUUCCGGCAUCAAUCCACAGGGAACCUCCUAGCUUAUGUCACGCAAUUAUGGAGUAAACUCAUCCAGUCUUAUGGUGAGGCUCAUGUCGUUGCUAUGACAAUGUUCGCACUUAACAAAAUAAUUGUCAUUAAAAUUCAAAUAUUCGUUGAGUCAUGA